AUGAAGACGAUUUUCGCGGUGGUUGCUCUAUUGUUGGCCUAUACACCCGUGGACGCCCUUGUCCGAGAUCACAGGCUGCAUGUGGUAAGCUCUGUUCACGCGAACGAGCGCGUGUUGGUGAGCGACCAAGAGGAGCGCGAACGGAGUCACGGUCGAUGUGUGGAUGACGGAACGCGCAAUCAAGAUCCCGUGUGUGCUUCGAACGGCAAGAAGUACCUCAACAUGAACCGCUUUAAGUACAACAAAUGCCUCAUUAAAGCGGAGGAUGGCGAAGACAUUACGGUCGUGGACCUGGAGUUCUGCAGAGAGGCGUUACUCGAGGACAUCGAGAGCGAGGGGCUCUAA